CAAUAAUACUAAUUAUUUUUCUUAUUCAUAUGUUAGAGUUCACUAGUUAGUGAUAAGUUAAGGAAAUUGUUGCAAAUAUUUAUAUUAUUUGAAUAGUGACUAGGCUAUAUAUAGAAGAGGGGGAACUAUAACAAAUUAUAACAGAGAGCGCGAUAUGAAUUCAUUGAGAAGAUUGGUUAAAAGUUGACUGUAUAAAAAAAAAGUAAUCUUUACUGUUAUAUUUGAUAUCUUAUGUAUAAUUGUAGAUAAUUUUGUAUAGUAUUCCAUACGACGUCACAAGUUUCUCACGAAAGAAAAAAACAAAUGAAGCAACCACGGUAGUAAGAAAAACUUGAAACUUUUCAUAGUCCCGUAAAUGAGAUGUGAAUCUGGUCUCUCAUGGAUUAUUUAAACAAAAACAUAUAAAAACGGGUUUUUAGAUAACGGAUUGUUAAAAUCUGACUGUUUCGUUCCGUUCAACAGUAGAAACGCCUGCGUAAACUACACGAACACCAUAAAAUAAUAAAAUUAAAAAGAAGAGAAAAAAUACCGCCUGAUGCUAUUUUCAUACAAUAUUGUGUAAAGUUGGGACACUUGAAGUUCUUAUAAGAAUAAUCUUACUUUUUAACUUUGUCAAAUUUACUUGUGUGUAAUAUAUGUAUGUAUGUAUAUAAUAGCGAAAAAAACGCAGAGGAAAUCACUUACAGUGCGAAAAAAAAAGUAACAAUAGGUGAAACAACAGAAAAGAAAAAAAUAAGCAACAAAUACAAUAUAGGUAGUGAAACUUUAGGCCGAAAAGUGGAGCUUGGAUGGAUAAGUACGUGUUUCGGCCGAGACAUGGGGUCUACCCCAAGUUCGCCGAGUUCAAGCGAAGAACAAGAGGGAGAUAAAUUUUGGGUACCACCAAAUGUAGCACAAAGGAAAAGGGCCCAGAGUUUGGUUCCCUUUACUCUACACAGAAGUAGUAUUGACGACGGAAGCUCAGGUACACCAACACCGACAUCAGCGGCUGCUGUACGUGACUUAGCCUUUUAUUUUCCGCCUACUAAAUCCGACUCGGAUACUGGAGCUGAACGUGCUAGUCCAGCAGCGAAAGCGCCUGAUAUGAGCCCUUGUGUUUCCAAACUCCGGCAAAGAAGAGCUUCCAUGCACGAUGCUAUUGAUUAUACGAAGAUUGACACUAAACUCUACGACAAAAUCCUGGUUCGGAACAAAUCAGUACCAAGCAUUCAGGAGGAAGGCCGUGGAACGCUUAAUUUUAGCAUUCAUUAUAACAAAGACAAGUCUUUGUUGACUGUUAAGAUUAUCCAGGCACGGGAUUUGGUUCCUUGUGAAAAUAAUGGUACAGUUGACCCUUUCUGUAAAGUAUCCAUCUUGCCGAAACGCUGGAAUCAGUUAAACGGUAAAGUGUUGAAAAGUACAUUAAAUCCCAAAUUCGAGGAAGAAUUUGUGUUUGAAAUGCCGGCCGGAGACCUGAGGACGUCUACUUUGGAAAUACUUUUAGUGCAUCAUGAUAAAUUUUCACGGGGAAACAGUAUUGGCAAAGUACAGAUGGCGUUGUGCGAUGUUGAUUUAUCGGAUAAAGUGAUCAUUUGGAAAAAUAUCAUGAAAAUAACCUCAGAAGAUAAAGAUCGGGAUAGAGAUAUCGGAGAUCUAAUGUUCUCCUUGAGUUACCUUUCUAGCGCCGAAAGAUUAACUGUGGUUGUUGUAAAAUCAAGAAACCUGGAACACACAGAAAAGGGUAAAAUCACUCUCGAUCCCUACGUAAAGGUAACCCUUAUAUAUGCAGGAAAGAAAAUUAAGAGGAAGAAGACAACUACAAAACGAAAUACGCAUAAUCCUGACUGGAACGAGGCAUUGGUGUUCAAUUUGAGUCGAGAAUACAUUAAAGAGAUCACAAUUGAGCUAGUUAUUUACCAUGACAACAAGAUCGGAAAUGAUGAAAUACUUGGCAAAGUAUUACUUAACCCUCAUUCCACUGGCGAAGAGAAGAUACACUUAGGUGAUAUGAUUGUAGGCAAAAGCACUGGUCCCCGCUGGCAUAAACUCACAAUGUAAACUUCAUGAUUUCUCUAGUUGAGAGCAAUGUUCUUGUAUCAAUGAAUAGAGAUGCUGUUAUUGAAUCAUUGAAAUUUUAAAAAUAUUAUGAUUCAAGAAAAAAGCAAGUGAUUUCAUUUGUUUUCAGAAAUGAAAUUAGCAAAGGAAAUGCUAUGAGAAGGAACUCUGGGAGAAUGUUUGACUUGUAACUGAAGAACAUUAUUAUUCUCAUAACCAAGUAAGCUGAAAACGAAUUAUCUUGAAAUAUAUUUGAAAUCGAACGAUAAAAAAACCCCUACAGAUUCAGAAAAAUUUAUAUUUCCAAUUAUUUUAAUAUUUGUUUUAUCCCAAUACAUGAGAAUGAAAAACAAACGAAAAAAAAUUGAAAAUAAAUCUAAAAGCCAAUCAGGAGAAAAUGUUCUUUGAUAAAUAAGUGAAUUAUAUGGAAUAAUAUUGGUCUUUGUAAUACUUGUUUCCCUGUAGUUAUUUCUAGCACUGAGUAAGAGAAACAGUUUGAAAUAUUGUCAACACGCAAAAACAAAAAAAAAACAACUUAGAAAACAGAAUGAAUGCUUUUCGUUCAUAUAUUCCUAGUAUAUUUGAAAAAAACAUUUCUUUUAUCUUCCAA